AUGGUGUUAAAUGAUAAUUCCUCAAGCGUGCCAAAAUUAAAAGUGCCCACAUUCGGGCGGCGCCAUUUUCAAUGUUUUAUGAUUUGCAUUGGCUUUGCUGCCGCAUUUGCGAUGCGCGUCAAUCUCUCUGUAGCAGUUGUAGCCAUGAUGGAUAAUAAAGCAGCGAAUCCAGACUUUCCAGAAUACCACUGGUCGGAAAAGAUAAAAUCGCGCGUUCUCAGCAGCUUCUUUUGUGGCUAUAUAUUCACACAAGUGCCCGGCGGCAUACUGGCGCGUCGUUUCGGCGGUAAAGUCUUGCUUUUGUCCAGCUUGUUUAUUACCAGCGUUAUGGCUCUGCUGACGCCACUGGGCGCCAGUAUUGGUGGCUGGAAGUUAAUUUGCUUCCUACGUUUCCUCCAAGGUUUGGGUCAAGGCGUUACGAUGCCCGCAAUACAUACACUCGUCGCUAAAUGGUCGCCCGUGGAGGAACGUAGCUCUCUAGCUGCUUACAGUUAUUCGGGCGCUCAACUGGGCACUGUAAUUAUACUUGCAGCGAGUGGUGUGCUAGCUUCCUCGAGCAUGGGUUGGCCUAGCCUUUUCUAUAUACCUGGCGGUGUGGGUCUCCUUUGGUCGGUGACGUGGAUUUUGUGGGGUGCAAAUUCUCCAAGUGAAUGCCGGAAAGUUAGUACGGCUGAAAGAGCACUUAUUGAAGCGUCUCUGAAGAGCAAUGCGAAGCAAGAAGAAAGCAAAGGCGCAUUGCCUGUGCCAUGGCGGCGAAUAUUAACCUCACGUCCAUUUUUCGUGGUCUUGGUGUCACAUUGCGCUAAUUCGUGGGUUUUUUGGACGCUACUAACUCAAAUUCCUUCAUAUAUGAAGAGUGUGCUUGGCAUGGAUAUAAAGAGUAAUGCGCUACUCUCGGCGCUCCCCUACUUGACAAUGUUUCUUUUGGGCUUGGCGUUGUGUCCAAUCGCAAACUUCUUGGAGAAGAAUAAUCACAUCAGCGCAACUGCAAGUCGGAAACUAUUCAACACCAUCGGCCUAUGGAUACCGGUGGUGACGCUUAUUUGGUUGGGUUAUAUGACACGCGAUCAGGUUGAUUUGGCUGUUACAUUAUUGACAUUGACUGUGGGUAUUAGCGCUGCAACGCAUUUGGGUUUCCAAGUGAAUCAUAUUGACUUGACGCCCAAUUUCGCCGGUACACUAGUUGGCAUAACCAACGCGAGUUCUCAAGUGAUGAGCGCCAUUGCACCAUUAGUGGUGGGAUACGUUGUUACAGAUGCGAAAAAUCCUGAUCAGUGGCGUGUUAUAUUUUUCAUAGCGGCAUCUAUUAGUUUCUUUGGAAAUCUACUGUUCGUAUUUUUUGGAACGGCUAAGGUGCAACCAUGGAAUGAUGAAGAAGCAGUGAAGUCUCAUGAGUUAAAGCCACUCAAGGAAAAGAACACUGAGCUAUCUAAAGCAAAUACGGAAGCGUAG